AAACGUAUAAAAUUUGAGAAAAAUACGAAGUCAUUAACAGCAAAAAAAAUGCCGGAGCCACCAGUAAAGGACCAUGUUCUAUCCAAAAGACUGAAUAAAAUAUUAGAAACCAGAUUUCAAAAUGAUGAAGACACUAUGGAGGCUCUAAAACAGCUUUCGACUUUUUAUACAGAAAACACAAUACAGGCACGUCGUAAUUUGCGUAGCCAGGUUGAAAAGAGGAGUUUAGAGAUAAAUAAGUUGGUGUUGACAUCUUUUCAUGAAGUUAAAGUUUCAUUUGACAUGCUUUACAAUGAAAUUGCAUCCAUGAAUUCAUCUGUGCAGGAUAUGAUGUGCAGAUUGCAAAAUUCUAAAACACAAACUAAACAGCUCUUAGAACAGACCAAAAGCUUACAAGAAGAACGAGAUAAAAAUGAAAUACAACAAAAAGUUUCAGCAGCAUUUCUAAAGAAGUUUCAAUUGAGUCCUGAUGAUUUAAUAGCUUUACAUGGAAAUAAAAAUAAAAGGGAUAUUUAUUUAACAAAUGACAUAUUUACUGCUUUGGAUAAUGUGCAGACUAUUCAUAAUAAUUGUAAACUCCUAAUGCAGUCUGGCUUGCAAUCUUUAGCAGUGGAUAUUAUGGAACAAAUGACCCUGCAUCAAGAAGGGGCAGUGGAAAGACUUUAUAGGUGGACUUUAAAUCAUAGCAGAAGCGUUGAUAAUCCUGACAUAACAGAAACAAUAGCUAAAGCAAUGAAUAGGUUACAAAAUAGACCAUUAUUACUUAAUUAUGUUUUGGAUGAAUAUUGUGUGGCAAGAAGGGGUGUAUUAGUUUCUGAGUUUAUUAAUGCCUUAACGAGAGGUGGACCUUCAGGAAAUCCAGCUCCCAUUGAACUUAGAGCCCAUGACCCACAAAUUUAUGUAACAGAUAUGUUGGUUUGGUUGAGUAAAGUAAUUCCAGUUGAGAAACAGAAUAUUUGCUUGCUUGUUAAAAAAUGUAACACUACAGACUUUACUGAUAAACUGGCCAGUACGCUAGUAAAUAUAUGCGAAGGAGUCUGCCAACCAUUAAAACUAAGAAUAGAAAAGAUUUUAAAUGUUCCUACACAGGCCUCAAUAUUAUAUUCAGUCACAAAUUUGUUGAGAUAUUACAAAAAAUGCAUAUUUAGGAUUGUCAAGGGGGGGCUCCUAGAAGAGACCCUUGAAGAACUCCAGAAAAAAAGUGAGAGUGCAUUUUUAACAUCCCUUCAACAGCAAGUAAAUAACAUGUUAAUAAAAGUGGAGGCUCCACCAAGAGAUUUAUCCCCCACACCAGCAAUAAACCUUUUAUUAUCCAUUUUAAGAGAUAUGCUUUCCACUGCCAGUAUGAGCGAAGGAAGAGAAGUUGAUAUGAUUAAAAUUGCUCAAUGCAUUAUGGAACCAGUCCUAAGAGCAGUGAAUGAACAAGCCUCUCGUUUACCAACUACAGAUAUGGCAGUUUAUAUGUUAAACUGCAUGUAUGCAAUGUAUACUUGUCUAUCGCUCUAUGAAUUCAUGGACGAUCGUUUGGAACGUCUGCAAGCCCAAUCAGAUGCCCAAAUUGACACCUUGACAUCAGAACAAGCCAGUUCUUUAGUAGCAAAUUUAAGCCUGGGUCCAAUCUAUACCAUUUUGCAAGAUCAUAGCCAAGGACCUUUAUCAUUUGUGCCUGGAAUGGAGCCUAGCAAUUUAAAGAAGAUAUUGACCAAACUGAAUGAUCUGAUAGCAAACCCAGAUUCAGCUUUGUUGCCUCAAAUAAAUCUACUAUCCUCUUCAAAACAUAAAAAAGCAGUUCAAAAACGAUCAUUUGAAGUACUUUUGGCGAUUUAUAAACAACUUUAUGAAAGUGUUUACAAUCCUGAAAGCCAGUAUGAAAAUCCUCAAGAUAUUCUAAAUAUUUCUCCAGAAGAACUAUCUACUUUAAUUAAUGAUAAAUAAUGUAUAUAUUGUUAAGUAUUUUUAAUUUUGUAUUAUAG